AUGAAUCGAAACAUUGAUCCUUCUAAAAUGUUCGACCGAAAAGCUCGACGUAACGAAAAGGCUAGACAAAGAUAUGCCUCUUUAACUGAGGAGCAGAAAGAAAUCCAACGGAAAAAACGCCGUGAUACCUAUAAAAGUAAAAAAGAAAAGACAAAGACUACUUUUACCUCCUCGUUAGUAUUGAGAGGAAAAGAUGAUGAGCACACCAGUAAUAAGCAACUGUUACAGCAGGCUUUUCGCAUUCAGGAACCUAACUGUGGUCAUAAGCACCACAGUGAGGCAGUUCCUGGAGACAAAGUUGAAGGUAAUCGAAGGCAGAAGGAGCAUGUUUCAGAAUUUUCAACAUAUCACAAAGGUUCUACUUCUACAGCUCGACGGAUAAAAAAGUGUCAGCAUUCUAAAGCGACCCAAUCUUCAGACCAACCACCCAUCUGCAACUCUUGCUAUAGCUUGCUUUCUGAAGCAAUGGAGGAUCUAACAGGAUAUUCAGUUGAACCUAAACGUUCAAGAGAAGCUAAACAUAUGUCAAGACGAAGGUGUAAACAGAAUUCAGUUAAAAGCUGUGGGGAAGACCAAAAUGCUUCGAUUAGGAAACAAAACAAUGUACGCAAACAACAUAAAAGGGUGGUGACGGGAAUUGAGGCAUUAUCUUCGAUAAGCUUGGAAGCUGAUAGAUUACCAGAGCAACAGAAUUGCAAGUACUGCGGAGCCAAAAAAUUUUAUUCUGAGUCUGCAAACUUUUGUUGCUCUGAUGGAGAAGUAGUCUUAGAAGAGAAUAAAAUGCCAGACAUAUUAAUAGAGCUAUUUACUGGUGAAACUGAAGAAGCAAUUUGUUUCAGAACCUAUGUAAGAACAUACAAUAGUAUGUUCGCUUUCACCUCUUUUGGAGUUAACUAUGAUAAAUCGCUUUGCCAAAGAAGAAACGGAAUAUAUACUUUCAAAAUUCAGGGCCAAACGUAUCAUUUUAUAAAUCAAUUGAUUCCCCAUGGAGGAUCGGGAAUGUUUUUGCAGUUAUACUUUCAUGAUACUGAACAUGAAAUCGCAAAUCGAUUGGCUUUUUCAACAAAACUAACUGAGAGCAUAGUGGUGAAACUCAUGGAACUCAUGAAAAGUAACCCUUAUGCCUGCUUUUUCCGAAGCCUGAGACAUGUUCCAGACUUGAACAAUUAUCAAAUAGUCCUGAAAUCUUACUGUCAAACUGAUCAGCGAGUCUUUAACAAGCCAACAGUAUCCCAAGUAGCUGCACUGUGGGUUGAAGGUGAAAACUCACAGGACAGCUAUGCUAGACACAUUCAAGUAUACACAAAAGAGGGUCAAAGCCGUAGAAUUCAAUAUUACUAUGGCUGUUAUGAUCCAUUGCAGUAUCCACUUCUAUUUCCCUUUGGCGAAACAGGGUGGCAACCUGGAAUUCAGAGAUCUGGCACUGGUAAUCCAAAAAAAAGGAAAAGGUCAGUUAGAAAUCAUCAACAGACUGCAACUUUAACAAGCUUCAGAUCUGCCGAAGAUAUAAUAGAAUCAGAAGAGAAAGCUUUCAAAAACUUUGAGAAUUCAAAGGAGAAUGUGUCCAUGCGUGAAUACUAUGCAUAUAGGUUCCAGAUGAGGGAGAAAAAUAAACCAAGUAUUCUUAAUACUGCCCGUGCAUUUCAACAGUAUGUAGUGGACAUGUACGUAAAAAUUGAGAGUCAAAGGCUUGAUUUUUUCCGGCAUAGGCAACAACAAAUUAGGACUGAGCAAUUACAGGGUGUCAUGGAUUCUGUAGUUGAGGGCCAAUGUAGAGGUUCAAAAGUAGGGCAACGAGUAAUUUUGCCAGCAUCUUUUAUAGGAGGUCCUCGUGAUAUGAAAAGAAGGUAUGUUGAUGCUAUGGCCUUAGUUCAAAAAUUCGGAAAACCUGACAUUUUUUUAACAAUGACUUGUAACCCAUCAUGGCCAGAAAUAAAAGAAAACUUACUGCCCACUGAUGAGUCUCAAAACCGUGUUGAUCUUUCUGCUAGAGUUUUUCAUGCCAAAUUAGAAAUUUUAAAAGAAGAGUUGUUUAAAAAAGAGGUAUUGGGUAAAGUAGCUGCUUACACCUAUGUUGUUGAAUUCCAAAAACGUGGGUUGCCGCAUGCACAUUUCUUAAUAAUUUUACACCCAGCGUCUAAAUUAUAUUCAACGGAAUCCUAUGAUCACAUAGUUUCUGCUGAGAUUCCAGACAAAAAAGAGCAUCCACACUUGUUUAAAAUGGUUCGCAAGCACAUGAUGCAUGGUCCUUGUGGCGAAAAAAAUGCAGAUAAUGUGUGUAUGCAAGGUACAACAGUUAAAAAAUGCAAAAAUCAUUAUCCUAAACAGUGGGCAGAAAAAACUACACAAUCUGAAAAUUCUUAUCCAACAUAUAGGCGGAGGAGCAAUAGAGAAAAGGUAAAAGUUCGAGGCCAUGAAUUGGAUAAUAGAUGGGUAGUUCCAUAUAAUCCUUACUUGUUAGCAAAAUUCAAUUGCCAUAUGAAUGUUGAAAUUUGCUCAACAAUAAAGGUAGUCAAGUAUACUUAUAAGUACAUAUAUAAGGGACAUGAUAAAAUACACUUUGCUGUGAAUUCAGAUGACAGAUCUAAAGAGAUAGAUGAAAUUAAGGAGUACCAAUCAGCAAGAUGGGUUUCUCCUAUUGAAGCCAUUUGGCGAAUUUACAGAUUUCCCUUAUUUGAAACACAUCCUGCUGUCAUUAACCUUCUGCUACAUCUUGAAAAUUACCAAUCUCUGACCUUCAAAGAUGAUGCUGAUCUUAGAGAUCUUUUGAAAAGUAAAUUUGCUAAGAAAAGUAUGCUAACUGAAUUUUUCCAUAUGAAUGCUACUGAUGAGAGAGCCAAAACAUUGAAAUGCACAUACAAAGAAUUUCCUGAACAUUUUGUGUGGAAACCUGGUAAACGCAUAUGGGAUAUUAGGCAACAAAGAGGUUCAAUAGGCCGAAUUGUUACAGCAAAUCCAAGUGAGGGUGAGAGGUACUUCUUAAGAUUAUUGUUAUUGAAUGUAAAAGGGCCAACAUCAUUUGAUGACCUGAAAACUGUCGAUGGUGUUUAUGUUAAUACCUUUAGAGAAGCAGCAAUAAUGAGAGGAUUAUUUGAAUCCAAUAACCCUCAAGAGCAGUGCCUAGAAGAAGCAGCUUUAUACCACAUGCCAUAUAGCUUUAGAAGACUAUUUGCUACCCUAUUAGUUUACUUCACUCCUGCUGAUCCAAGAAGUUUAUGGUUAAAAUUCAAAGAAUCUAUGUCAGAAGAUUUCAAUAGAACUUUGAAUUUGUCAAACGAUCAGGUCCAACAUAAAGUUCUCUAUGAGAUUAGCAAGUUCUUAGAAUCAAUGGGAAAAAACAUUAAUAUGUAUGGAUUAGUACCACGAAUCUUAAAGUUUGAUGAAAUGGAUAGAGGUACAAGAGACACAAAUUCUGAGCUAAACUUUAAAGUCAAUGAAGAAGAUAUUGCUGCUAUCUCUAAAUUAAAUGAGGAUCAAAAAGUAGCAUUUGAUACUAUCAUAGAUGCUGUUUUUAUACACAGCAAAGGAAGUUUCUUUAUUGAUGGGCCUGGGGGAACAGGGAAAACAUUCUUGUACCGUGCACUACUAGCUGCAGUUAGAUCAAAGGGAUGUAUAGCUUUGGCAACGGCCUCUUGUGGAGUAGCUGCUUCUAUCUUACCUGGAGGUAGAACAGCCCACUCACGAUUUAAAAUUCCUUUAGACAUGAAUCCUAACAACAUGUGCAAAGUAAGCAAACAAAGCUCAUUGGCAAAGUUAUUACAGCAAGCCAAAUUGAUCAUUUGGGAUGAAGCGCCUAUGACACAUAGAGCAGGAAUUGAGGGAGUAGAUCGUUUACUUAGAGACCUAAUGGAUAACUCUGAAUUAUUUGGGUCAAAAGUGAUGGUAUUUGGUGGUGAUUUUAGGCAAGUUCUGCCGGUAGUUGUAAAAGGGUCAAAAUCAGACUUUAUCGAAGCUAGCCUUGUAAAAUCUUAUAUUUGGCCUCAUCUGCAGAAAUUAAAAUUGAAGGAAAACAUGAGAGCAAGAUUAGAUCCUGAUUUUAGCAAGUACCUUCUUCGUAUAGGUAAUGGAACAGAAAACACAGUUAAAAAUGAAAGUAUUCACAUCUCUCAAGCAUUGCUUCUUCGCUAUACAAAUGAAGCAGAAUCCAUAAAUCAAUUGAUUACAACUGUCUAUCCAAACUUCAACAUAUUUUCUGAAAAUACAUACUCAUUAAUUAAUAGAGCAAUUUUAACUACAAAAAAUGAUUUUGUAGAUCAGAUCAAUGAAAAAUUGAUACAGGAAUUUCCCGGAACCCCAUUUGACUAUUUAAGCAGAGAUAAAUGUUUAGAUAAUUCGCAGCAAGCAAUUUUAGAGGACUUCAUGAAUAGCCACACUCCAAAUGGUUUUCCUCCACAUCGAUUGACAUUGAAAGAAAAUGCACCAAUAAUGUUGUUGAGAAACAUUGACCCACCAGAAGGUCUAUGUAAUGGAACAAGACUUCUAUGCAAAUCACUUAAACACAAUAUUAUAGAUGCAGUCAUAAGUUCUGGUGAAUUUGCUGGGAAGCAACUGUAUGUUGCAUUAUCUAGAGCAAAAAAUAGCAAAUCUGUUAAAAUUUUGAUCACACCUCCUGUAUAUGAUUCAAGUUUAGAUUAUGUGACUCCUAAUAUAGUUUACAAGGAUUUGUCUGCAGCACUCUUCAAACGUCAAAAAAUGGAAAGCAACCUGGUAAACUUCACAGAACUCCAACCUCUCAUGGACAACUGGACUGCCAUUGUUCAAGUGAUUGAAAAGCAAAAGGUUCAGGUUUCAAGAAAUGGAAAACGCUACCAAAAGUUGGUGUUUGUUGAUAGUCAGGGUCAAACUGCUCAAGCUCUAAUUUAUGCUGGAGAUAUAAUGUUCUUCAGGAAGUACUUUGAACCAUAUCGAAGAUAUUAUGUAUCGAAUGCUAGGAUUCAAAAUGUGUUGCCAAGGUACAGUACGUACCCAAAUGAGUGCUCAUGGACCAUUGACAACUCCACGCUUGUCCAAGAAAUCGAUGAAGUGGACCCCCCUCUGAUACCUAAUGUGUUUAACUUUGCUGACUACGAUUCAGUUUAUCAGCACAUUGACACAACUGAUGAAAUAGAUCUUAUUGGAAUAGCAAUUCACGUGCACCCGAAAGCAAUCAGAGGUGGAACACCAACUAGGGAUAUCAUUCUUACAGAUCAUAUGUCGCACCCAAUGGUACUGACCCUUUGGGGAGAGCAUGAAUCAGAAGAGGGACAAGACAUAGCUGAUAUGAUCCACACCCAACCUGUGGUUGCAGCGCUUCGAGUCCGAGUGACAUCUUACCAUGCCAUGCAUCUAUCCACCAAAUUCUCCAGCAGCAUACUAAUCAAUCCUCCAAUUCAGCAAGCCAAUGACCUGCGUAACUGGUGCAGUCACAAUCAAGAGGAAAUCACGCGUUUCAUUGCUGAGCGGACUUAUGGUGAUCGUCUCAAACUCCUACCUGUACCAGAUGAUGACAGAGUUAUAACUAUCAGCGAUCUCACAGCUGUGGUUGAGAACUAA